AUGGCAGAAUUGGUAGGAAUUGGUAUUGGAAUUGGUAGGAAUUGGUUGAAAUUAGAAUUUGGAAUUGUAGGAAUUGGUAUUGUAGGAAUUGGAAUUGGUUAGAAUUGAGUCAAGUCACCUAAAAAUCUUAUGGAACCCCAGAAAUUGGUAUGGAAUUGGUCUCAAACUGGCUAGACUUGACUUAAGCUGACUAUAAUUGUUAUGGAGUCCUAAGAAUUGUUAUGUAAUUGGCCUGAAAUUGGCUCGUAUUGGACCGUAUUGCCCACAAUUCGUAUGGAACCCUAGGAAUUGAUCUUAAACUGGCUCGAUUUCGGCCGAAUUGUCUAGAAUUCCUAGGAUUCCAUAAGAAUUUUAGCCAGUUUAAGCCAAUCCGGGCCAGUUUCAGACCAAUUCCAUACCAGUUCCUAGGAUUCCAUGCAAAUUGUAAGCUAUACGGUCCAAUUCAAGCCAAUUUCAGGCCAAUUACAUAACAAUUCUUAGGACUCCAUAACAAUUAUAGUCAGCACAAGCUAAGUCUAGCCAGUUUCAGACCAAUUCCUGGGGUUCCAUAAGAUUUUUAGGGAACUUGACCGAAUUCGAAUCAAUUCCAAUUCCUACAAUUCCAAAUCCAAUUCCGACCAAUUCCAACUCCAAUUCCAACCAAUUCCAACCAAUUCUAAGAAUUGGAAUUGGAAUUGGUGCAUCCCUAUGUGGAUGGGUGUGGAUGGGUAUGGGUGGGUGUGGGUGUAAGUGUGGGUGUGGGUGUAGGAGGUGUGGGUGUGGGUGUAAGUGUGGGUGUGGGUGUAGGAGGUGUGGGUGUGGGUGUGGGUGUAUGAUAUAAUACACUCACACCAACGGGGUUCCGGAAUUUCGCCAAUACGACUUUCGCCAAUAGGACUUUCGCCAAUACACCCCGUGGAUUUUCGCCAAUUGGCGUAAGUUCACGGCACUUUCGCCAAUACGUUCGGUGGAGUUUCACCAAUUGGAGAAAGUACAGUGAGCUUUUAGCAAUUUCAUUGUAAAUUAGACGUACACGAAAAAAAGUUUUUUCACCUACAUCGAUGAGUGUAAACUAUGAUAUAUGGGGUUGGCCAGUCGGGCCGGAUGUCUCAAUCCCGGUUUUAAUCAAUCCAUCUCUAUAAUAUGUCAGAAAUAUCUGAUUUUUUUGCUAGUUAUAGUACUCAUAUAAUGCUGAUGAUCCGCCAAAGAGAAAGAAUUUAUCUCUUGUUUGAAACGAAAUCGAUAAAGCAUCUUUCAAAGCCUUUUGAUAUUUACCAACAGAUAAUUCUAAAGACACUUAAUGAUUGUUAUUUGAACCAAGAUAUAAACUUCCCAGCCUUGGCAGAUCAUUAGCUGUAUACAAGUACUAUUACUAUUAUAAAAAUCAGAUUUUUCUGAUAUAUUAUAGAAACUGGAUGACGGAAAAAGCCAUAGGGACAUCCGGCCAGACUGGCCAACCCAUAUAUAUUCUAAUAACAUUAACUGCAGCGCUGACAUAUAUCCUUUAUUAAUAUUGUUCUGUGACCACUGGGAUAGUCCACCUCACUUUCCCCAAUUGGCGAAAGUCCACUGUACUUUCGCCAACAUGGUCUCUGGAACUUCGCCAAUUGGCGAGAGUCUACUGUACUUUCGCCAAUAUAUCCUCAGGACUUUCGCCAUUGGCGAAAGUCUUAUUGGCGAACAUCCCGCCACCCACACCCACAUCCACACACACACUCACACCCACACUCACAUCCACACCCACACCCCACACCCUUAUCUGAAUUCAUCAGUCCUUUUUGAAAGUUACGAAAAUAUCAUACUGAUAUGGUAAUCAUUUGUAUGCGCCAUCUUGCGGAGUCUACAUGCCUUUCAUGGAAUAUGAAACUUAAUGUUGCUGCUCGUCGUCAAAGUAAGCGUCAUUAUGCUUACAAAAGCUUACAUUUUUAUAAGUUGUUCUUUUCUCCUUUCUUUUUCUUUUCUUUCGUUCCUUCUUUCUCAAGUUAGUAAUAGGUUGGAUUUUUCCAACUAUGAAUCAAGCAGCAGACUGUUUUGAUAACAAACAUUUUAAAAUAAUUAAAGCUGGAAAAAAUUUAAACGUCAUCCCAGAAUUUCUAUUAAUUGUCGACGAAGAGAAAAAAAGACUUUAUAGGUGUGGAUUCAGAUCAAAGGAAGAUCCACACCCACACUCACACCAACACUCACGCUCACACCCACACCCACACCCACACCCACACCCACACCCACACCCACACCCACACCCACACCCACACCCACACCCACACCCC